AAUUUGUAUAAAAUUUGAAUUUUAUAUCUGGAAUUCCGUAUAUUUCUGUAUAUUCUCUAUAAUUCUCUCUAAUCCUCUCUGGAUUAAGCAAUCCCGUUGAUAAAGAGCUCUUGACAGAGACCAACUGGGUUGCUCAUGACCCAACACUAAUGGCGUUGCGCAGCCGCAAACAUGUCAUGGCCUGGAAAAUUGUUAAUAACGUUUGAAAACUUCACCGCUGGCUUGGCAGCUUUGGCAAAUGAGAAAAAUGCAACGCCCUGUCCCAGCUGCUGUGACUGCAAUUGUAAAUGCUGUCGGGGACUCAUACAAAAGUACGUGGCCUUCAAUGGAGAACCUGUUGCUCCCUCCUCUACUGCUGGCGAUGUCCAGAAAAUGAUGCUCUUCAGCACAGCGGACAUGAUGCUGUUGCUACAGUCGGCCCAGGCGCGCGACAAUUUCUGGACCAAUAAUUUCUACAAGGCCAAUCUUCAUGGAGAUUAUCAGGCGAUUGGUGAUGCCUUUACAUCGAAGCGGAGACAGGUUGAUCUUGGGAAGCUAGUGGGAAUUAUGGACACCAUUACAACUGGCUAUCGACGCGCGGUGGGCCUUCUUGCUGGAACCGAGGCCCAUGCAGCGCUCCGACCAAAGGCAGUAGCCCCAUUCUAUCCAGGUCUGCGUUGCGGCUGCCUAGAUUGUGAGAAAUGGCCCUGGCGAACCCUUAAGCAGGUGGAGGCGCAUCAGCGUGAGCACAAUAUGGGCGACAAUUGGCACUGUCAGAUCUGCUAUCGAAGCUUCUACCUUCAACACAUGAUCUGCUCCCACCUUAGGAGGAGCGUAAGGCGAGGCGGCUUCGGACAGCUAAUGGAGAACGAAACCUACAAACAGCUGCUGGAGGACCAACGUCAACAGGAAGGGCAAUCGAGCCGGGCGCCUCCUAAUAUCCAGGAGAUGACAAUCAGCAUGCCGCAGGGCGUCCAUCUCGAUUUCAUAAAGGAACUAAAAGUGGGCCCUUUGAGACGUAAACGUUGCACUCUUAGCAAAUGUCCGCGAUGUAAACACGAGUAUCACUUUCCUUUCAGCCAUCAGCUUCACAUGCGCCGUCAUCAAGAACAGGGAAAGGAUACGAUGACACCUUGCCCCACCUGUUGGCGGUCUUUCCGUACGCGUCUUUGUCUUCUGAAGCAUCAGAAAAGAGCUCGCAUGGCAUGUCGUCUGAGAUACCGGCCGUUCAGUUGUCGCAGCUGCCGCUGGAGAUUCCAAAUAUGGUCUGCCCUGAGGGCCCAUGUGCACAGGCUGCAUCAGCGAAGGAAACCAUGUCUGAUAUGCCAGAAGCCCACAGUGAGUCGAUGUUGCUGCGCCCACUCUGCCAAAGAGUGCCGUGAGGCCAUCAAGAAGCAUCGAGAGCAGUUGCGCCUGCAGCGUGGACCCCCGAAGGUGAACAGAAAGCAGCCCAAACCGGUGUGCAGCAUCUGCUCGCAAGAGUUUGGCAACAACUUCCUUCUGAAAGUGCACAUGAAUAAAAAGCAUUUACACCGGCGCGAUUUUUCAUGCGAAAUGUGUGGAUUGGCAUUCUACAGUCAGGGCUUGAUGCAAGUCCACCGAAAAGCGGUCCAUCUAAUGACUAAGAAAAUUCACUGCAAGGUCUGUGAUCUCACCAUCAAGGAUAAGAGCAAUUAUAGGCGCCACUGCCAGAGCCAGAGACACCUGGAUAAGUUGGGCCAAGAAGCCAAGGACCGGGGCGAAACCUUAGAGAUAAAGUCUUUCAAAAUCCGGAAACCAAAUGUUCCAGUUCACUGUGCGCCGUGUGGUGUCACACUCAAAAGCGAUAUCAAUCAGCAUCUCCAGACUAUUAAGCAUAAGCGAAAUUAUACAAAAUCAAAAGCAAUUAAAGCGGAAAGAGAAGAUUCCUUGGAACAAUCCAACGAGCGACAGGAUGCUGUUGGCUCGGAGCCGUGUAGAUUCCAGAAACCCGAAAAAGUGAGCUACUGCGACACCUGUAAUCAUACGAUCAUUGGAACUAUGCACAGGCACUUCAAAUCAAAAAAGCAUAGGGAUAAGAUGAUAAGUGUCCAAGAAAAAAGAGCGACCAAGGGGGAUUCUUAAGUCAUAUUUUUAAUCCCCUAUAGUUAUUUUCAAACUUAUAUCGCAGCCGUCAACUCUGGUGUUUUCUAUUGUAAAAUCGAAAAUGGAUGCACAAGAACAACUAUUAUUAAUUCAAGCUGUUAUCCUGUUUAAAUAAAGGGGGUGUAUAUGUGUA